CUACGCCCACUCCCCUGAUCACCCUCAUUUGCGCAGCAUGUCCUCUGGCGCGGGCAUAGCCCCUACAGAGGACCCCUUUGGCGGACGCGCCUUCAUCUCCCCCGCCAAGAUCCGCGUGCUCCUCACCCCCUCAGGACCAAACGUCUCACCAGCAGACUUUGAGCGAUGGGCAGCCGUGGUUCGCUCCUUUGAGUCGAUUCGCCUUGCUGACCUGCCCGUCUCAACUAAUGGUAGACCGGGUCCUGCAGUAGGAUCAGCGCUUCAUCGCUUCGGAGAGGUGCAUCUCUCCUUUGUCACCAGCUAUGAUCCUUCACAUUCAUUUCUGGCGCCUUUCGCAAUGCAUCGCCAAGUCUUGGGAGUUUUGGCGCUCGGGAGCUUAGAAGAGGGGAAGGGCAAGGAUUACGAGAAGGUACCGGGAGCAUUGAGAGAGCUACACCCGAAUGCGAUUGUGCAUAGGGCAUUUCUGUUUGAUACCAAGGCGGGCAAGGAAGGUGAUAAGGGGCAUUCAAGGCAGUCCUCAGUCAAGGACCCAAUAGAGAGCGCUCGCAACAGUAGUGCCGACCAUGAGAGGACUGCAAGCGGUAGUGGUAGUGGUGAGGGUAGCGGAGACUCAUCCUUCAGCUCGCCAUCGACAGACACUAUGGCAGGCUUCGCAGACACGGCCAACUCAGGGCUCGUCAUCUUUCCCGCGGUACGCAGAGACGGCAAAGAUGUGCGCUUCUACCUGCGAACACUGCUGCGCGACUUCCUCGGCACCCUUCUCGAUGGGCUUUGGGACGUCGUGGCUGCGCUAGAGGGCAAAUCGCUCGAGACGCCUAGGGAGACGCUCGAUGGUAGCCUGGUGACAUCGUCCUCCAGCUCUGCCGGCACGAGCUCGGCUUCGUCGACCUCAUCGCAGUCGACAUCGCUGGCCACAUCGCCCUCGUCCAGCUCAUCAUCAGCAGCAUCGCGAGCGUCGUCCUUUUUCUCAUCAUUCGGCUCCUCGUCGACUUCAUCCUCAUCACCAGUCGGCGGAGGCACCCUUCCCGAUGCUCUUAGCCACGGCUCAGCAAACGGCAACUCCAAGUCAGCCGUGUCGCAGAGCUCCGCCGCGCGCUCAUCCAAGGUCAAGCGCUCCUCAAGCCUCGUCGGCGCCGGCCCAACGGGUGCAGGUCGUUACGCCAAAGUACGCGCAGACUACGCGCUCCUCUCAGGCGACCUCUGGGGAGCCCUAGGCGGGUACGACACCUGCAUGAGCUGGCUAGGCAAGGAACGAGCCCUUGCUGGUGGGCAGGAUGCAGUCUGGUAUGCAAGCGCCCUGGAAGGGUGGGCUGUAGCACGCUGCCUUGUAUUCAGGAUGAGCGGGCUGGAGGAAAAGGGGCCGAAUCUUUCUUUGCCCACCGGCGGGGCAAAAGAGAGGGACAAGUCGGCCAAAGCUGCUGUACCAGAGUCGCCCUUCGCCAAAUUAGAAUGGGCAGACGUGGCCGAGGCCUACUCCCUCGCCCUGGACAUCUACUCCAAGACCUUGGCUCCACCACGCUACCUAGCCGAAUCUGCCCGGUCGGUAAACAGCGAGACGCCUCGCGACUACACGCACCCUCUCAUCCACGCGUCAGCCUGUAUAGCCUACUCCCGACUCCUCUUGGCCGUGUGGGCCUCAAGCGGGUGGAAUGCGGAAUGCUUCGACCAGCUCAUCUACGGAGGCGUCCCGCCGUCACUUGUGGAAGAUGCACGACCGGGUCCAGCGAUGUAUGCUGCCCUUUCUAAGGCGUCGGUCGUACAACGACACGAAAUCGCGGCUCCCGCUUCACUAGCGCUCAGCCACUCUGUAUCAGCACUCAAGCCGCCAGACCAGAUCGCGAUCCUCUGCUCCCUCGCAAACGUCUUCGGAUGCAUAGGCUUCCUGAGGCGUGAAGCAUACCUGCUCCGCCAAUUGCAGGCUGCCGUCGUGUCACUGCUCGCUCGUGCCCUCCUUCUUCACCCUCGCGAGCCGCGCACUCUCAGCAUGGCUCUUUCGCAGAUCGUUGGAUCCGAGCAUCGCGCCCUAGGAGGGGCGGGGACGAUGAUCUCUCAGACUCUCACGAGCGGCUUAGGAGAAGGCGCGGACGCCGUAUUGAUAUUGGCUCUACAGAUCUGCGAGACCUACGGCGUGAAUGUAGACGUCGAGCCCCUCAAGGGGGUGCCGCCGAAUCAUAUAUUGUCCAAGGCGGCUAGGACGGGCAAGACUACGGCGAGGGGGGAGCCAUUACUGCCCAGAAGGGCGAAAGACACAGCGACUGCGAGCGCUCGCCAGUAUGCUAGCGAGGCAGAUCACGAGACAGGAGGUAGCACCGGUGCUGAUGAGCCGAUCUUUGGCUGGCUCGACCUCCAGGUCGCCUUGUUGAAGGAUACGAUCUGUGUAGCCGAGAUGCUCCAGGACCAUGUCGGCAUGGCUUUCUUUGCUGCCAUCCUCCUCAGGGACUAUCACGAGGUCCUCUCCGGCGAUGAGCAACGCAGCCUAAUGCGUGGCUUGGCGAGAUGCGUCACUACGGCUAGGUGGGGAGACGCAAGGGAUCUGGAGGUGCUCUACUGGGGACCACCAGAGCCGUUAUAUACGGUCGAGGGAACUGGGCCAGGGGAGCUGGGAAUACCCGUUGAGAGGCCGGGCAAGGAGCUGAGAGAGGCAGACGAGGCGGAAAAAGCUGGAACUUCGGCGUCGACUUCGACCAUUGCUGGGCUCAACAACCCCUUCUUCUGGAAUCCGACGUCCCGAAGUGGCACAGCGGGCUCCUCGACGAAGAACAAAAGCAAGGAUUCCCUGCUUCUUAUGCAAGGAGAAGAAGCCGUUUUCCACAUCACGCUCCAAAACCCGUUCAAGACGACCCUGGAGCUUACAAAUGUCAAGCUCAGCACUCGCGGCGCCCCAUUUGAGGCUCACGCUUUACCACAGGUGCUCCUUCCGGCCCAAUCCUACACAACGGUACGGCUGACGGGCGUGUGCAGCGUACAGGGACCAGGCAGUGAGGCUGGGAGCGACCGACUGACCGUCCAGGGCUGCUUCUUGACUUUGUCUGGCUGCACAGAGCGGGAAUUCCGUGUGCAUACGUACGACGAGGCAGCGCACAAGGUCAAAGAGGCAAGCGAAGCAGCCGCAGACGAUAGGCGGAGCAGACUCAAGGUCAGCGGAUUGGACGCUCGUCCGGCUUUCGUGGCACAGAGACGAGCGCUUGAAGGUCACGCCGAGCGUACAGGGUCAACAGGGGCAAAGAAGGCAGGCGCAACCCCUCAGCUGCCGCAGGGUGGCUUCUUGACGUGUCGGGUCGUCCCCUCCCAGCCGCUCUUGCAGGUGGAUGCGCCUUCCUCUCUUACUCACGGGCGCUUGACGGUACUAGAGGGCCAGACAAUCCGUCUGCGGCUACGCCUCACGAACUUGUCCGACUUGCCGGUGGACUACCUCCGCUUCACACUGCAGGACGAUGCGACUACCUCAAUUCUCGCCGCGCUCAGGGAAGGAGAUGUGCUCCCCAGCGAUGCGUACCAUUUGGAGCGACAGCUCUCAGAACGGCCAGUCCUGUCCUUGCCUCAAGGCUUUAAGCCUCGAGGCAUCACUAUCCCACCCGGCCGCUCUGUGGUGGUAUCACUUCAACUGCGCGGUACAUUGGACUGCACUCGUGGCUCCGUGAGCGUCGACUACGCUUACGUGAAUGCGCCCGGACGUGGGGGCUUGGUCACGGAGGAGAGACGCGAUUUCUGGACUCGGAGUGCGCGUCUGGACUUCGGGGUUGAUGUACGACCGGUGCUGGAGUGUGGAGGAUGGAGGGUCGAGAGGAUGGACAGGAGGAACGCGGAGAGUGUGCUGAGGGGAGUGAAAGAUGGGGAGGAGCAGGGUGAGGUGAAUAGGUACAUGGUGGAUGAGAAAAAGGGGAGCGACGAGGAGAACGACUUGAUUAGUCUCGUCAGCCUCGAUGUGCGAAAUGUGCACCACAGAGAGGUGCGCGUCUCCCUCGAUGUCACCGAGGACGUCGAGGAGGCCUCUCUCGCCACCACCUCAAGCGGGUCAGCGGACUCAUACCCUCGCAAGCUCACCAUCAGCCAUCUCAUCCCAUCCGACCGGACAGUGCCCAUCUUCUUCACUCUCCCUCAACUCCCACUCAGCGCGGAAGAGCUUUCCAACAAGGAAAUCCCCUCUUCCUCCCUCGCCUCCAUGUCCGCCUCGACAGCUCAGCAAAGGCAGUUUGUCCUCUCCCGUUUCAAGCUCGACCCUGCCGAGGUAGAAGGAUCAAGACUGCGCUUUUGGAUCGGGGAAGAGCUGCGCCGCAGGCUUGCAGGGUCGCGAUGGUCUGAGGUGGAUGACUACUCUGGGAGAAGACGGAUAGCAUCGUCAAGCAGUGGAAGUAUCGCAAAACAGCAAGGCGACUGGAGCAACGCUCUGGCGGAAGCAUGCCAGGAUCUAGAUGAAGGCUUGUGCAAGCGCUUACUGAGGAGAGAGGUCGAGCUCAGCCUCGACGUGCUGGACCCGACCGGCUCAGCGCUUCAACUUGUCGAGCCAGAGCAAUUCGUCUCCUUGAGGCUACGGGUACGAAACGCCACCGCCCGUGUCUCAUCCCACGAAGGAGGAAGAUCACUUCGCCUUACCUACCGACUAGUCCCCCUUCCCGGCUCUGCCCUGUCCAGCUCCUCCCGGUCUAAUGCGUCUGCGGCUACGCCCAACACGCCUGCAGCGGGCACCACCGGCCCCUUGUUGGCGGCUGGGGCCCAUUCAACGGAUAGCGUGCUGAGCCAGGUUCUGGUGACGGAUGGGGCCUUGAGUGGGGCGAUGCUUGGCAGAGAGGAUGAUGUUGAAGUGACAUUGGCAUCAAGCUGGCCGCUGCUCUCGCCAGGGAAGGAAGCAAGCGUGCAAACGGGGCUCCUCUUCCUAGGCGAAGGUCUGUUCCGCUUUGUGGGCGUUGUCGAGGAAGCAGAUGCCGAUGAGGACGACGAAGAGGGGCUGACAGUCGCAGGGAAGAAAGUAGGGCCGCAGUCGAUGAGGAAGGCGCAUGCAAGGGCGGAGGUCAGUAUCGAUGUACGUGUGGUAAGGAGCGGCAAUGGCCGAGCCGUAGGCAGAUAGAGGCGCUGCAUAAUCUAUCAUACUCGCGCGUUGCGCUCUGGAUCUCAGUCGAUGUGAUGUAUUGACGUGGGAAUGAGAUUGAGCCUCGGCCCUUG